GAGGAGGCAGGACCAGCUUUGGUGUUAGGACAGGAGGAGGAUAUAAGGAGGACUUCGACUAACUGCAGCUUUUGUGACAAUGAGGACAAAACAAAAGAGACACGUGUGCGUUCUUCUGCCCAACAAAGAACACCUGGACUGUUUUGUCAGGAUGGGAGCCAGAGGCCAGGAGGUGAUGAACACUGUGCUGCGUCUGAUUGCUGUCGGUGAUCUCCAAGUGUUUGGUUUGGCGGUUCUCAGAGAUAAUGAAUAUCUGUUUCUGGAUUUGAAGCAAAAGCUGAGCAAAUAUUUUGGUAAAAUAUGGAACAGGGACUCCAUAACGGUUCCAUUCAUCUUAUUUUUGAGAGUGAAGUUUUAUUUGGAAAGUGGGCUCCUGAUAUUGAGCAGUAAGGUGCAGCAACUUUACUACUGGGAGCUGAGACAGAAAGUGCUGCAUUCCCAAAGCUGCAAACAGGAAGCUCUUUUCUUCCAGCUGGCAGCUUCCGCGCUUCAGAUAGAAGUUGGAGAUGUGGAGCAUCAGGAGGGGAUUAAGAAAGAAGGAGAAGGGGAGGAGAAACAAGAAAGAACCCAAUAUUUUCGUCCAGAGGUUUACUUUCCAGCCUGGCUAGUUAAUCACAGAGGGAGAGACUUCAUUCUCCAACACUGUCCAGUGUUACACAGCGAGCUAAGGGGGGUAUCACGCAGCCAGGCCAUUCUUCAGUUCAUUAAAGGGGCCAGCAGCCUGCAGGAUGGAGGAAUGACUUUCUACAGGAUGAAACAGGAGAAAAACGAAGCGAGAAGUUCAAUCCUUCUUGGUGUGGCCUUGACUGGAGUCCAUAUAUAUCAGGAGGUGAAAGGGAAGCAGUCUGCAUUGUUUGUUUUCACUUGGGUUGAUAUCAACCACUUUACCUUCCAGGGCUGCAGGUUUGAAAUUGCUGCUAUGAGCUCUCUGGGCUUAUCAAAGCUUGUUUAUUACACGCACUCAGCUUUCCACUCUAAACACAUUCUGAGACACCUGAGCGACAGCCAUCGCUUCUACAUGAACAUCAAGGAUGCAGCCAGCUACGUCCAGCAACUGGAAGCAUUUCAGACGAGCCAACUCCACAAAGAAGCUUAUAUCUGUGACAUGGCGUGCUUAAGACAGAGACUCUGCUGUCACAGCCUCACUGCUUCUGAAUGUAGCAACAUGGAGGUAAUUGAAGCAGCCUGGACCAGAGAUGAAACAGAGGAGGAUCAAAGCCCCCAAUCAGAGGAAGAUCCUGAAGAGGUUUUUGUAGAUGAUCCAGCUGAGGUCUCCUGGCUGGCUGAGCUCCUAUAUGGGGUGUCUGUGGAUGGACCAUUAGAGUUCCCCUCGUCCUACUGGGCAGCAGUUGUGACAAUGGAAAUGAAGCAGGUUCUGUGCCAGAGAGUGGGCGAAGCGCAGUCUGUGGACUGAUUUACAGAGAAAGGCGAUGGGAGUGAAUCACAUGUUCUGCAGCUCAGGACAAGAUAAUUCCAAAGGAUGACAACACAUGAUGUUGAUAAAAAAAAAAAAUCAAGAAAAAAUAUUUAAGAAUGUCAAUUUCAAAAAAUUAUAUCACCAAAACUCAAUAAUACUGAGUAUAUUCUAACAAUCUUAAGAUUUAACUUAGCAUUGCUUCAUACAGAAUCGCAUAGCUGUCACACAAAAAUUUUUUUAAACCCCUUCACGACAUUACAUAAUCAUUAUAUUGUAACAUGAUAUUUUAUUGUAAAAAAGGGAAUAAUUUUAUCCAGAUGGUGGCAAUAGUAUUAUUUCAGCCUUCAUUGACUAGAAGACUCAUUUGAUAACACUGCGAGAAAGUUUGCAUUCCAAGUUAAUUUUUAAAUAAUCCAGGAAAGCUUUUCUAACUCUGCAGCUAAUCAGUGAGGGAGGUCAUCACAUUCUAGAAGAUCUGAUUGAUUUCUCCCUCUACAGCCCCAUUCCAUUUCCGUUCCGUCUCCUUUUCAUUGUGUGCAUAUAAAGAAUGAUCCUACUUAAA